CUUACAGGAAAAGUAUAUCAGGAAAUAGCCAACCUAAAGAAAUGUAUUAUUCAAGUUGUCCCCAGUUGGAAAAGUUACUUGGCUGAACACAAUAAGACCAUGUCUUCCAUUAAAAUUGAGACUAUUGUGAAAGAGAAGAACAGGAUGGGAGAGUGCCCUGUCUGGGAAGAAAGGCAGAAUUCCCUUGUUUUUGUGGAUAUCAAUUCACAGAAAGUGUGCCGCUGGAAUUCAAUCACCAAUGAAGUUCAGUGUGUGCCUGUGGAUGCUCGUGUUGGCUCCAUAGCCCUUCGCAAGUGUGGCGGGUAUGUGAUCACAGUAGGAACCAGGUUUGCCUUCUUGGACUGGGAAGAUCAGAACCUUGUUAAUAUCAUUGAUCUAGAAGCAGAUAAGCCCAACAACAGAUUUAAUGAUGGAAAAGUAGACCCAAUGGGGAGGUAUUUUGCAGGUACCAUGGCUGAAGAGACAGCGCCCGGGGUCAGGGCAAGGCACCAAGGGGCUCUCUAUACUCUCCCUCCUGACUGUUGUGUCAUGAAACAGAUAGAGAAGGUAGACAUCUCCAAUGGGCUGGAUUGGUCCCUGGACCACAGGACCUUCUUCUACAUUGACAGCCUGACAUAUGCUGUACAUGCCUUCAACUAUGAUGUGUGCACUGGAGAAAUUGAUCGUAGUAGUUGCAAACCUGUGUAUAAACUUGAAAAAGAAGAAGCACUUCCUGAUGGGAUGUGUAUCGACAUAGAUGGGAAACUUUGGGUGGCCUGUUUUGAUGGUGGACGAGUGAUCCGUAUUGACCCUGAAACAGGGAAAAGAAUUCAAACUGUGCGGAUGCCAGCUUCCAGAAUCACAUCUUGCUGCUUUGGAGGGAAAGAUUAUUCAGAAAUGUAUGUCACUUCUGCUUAUGAUGGACUGGACAAGGUCAAAUUAGCCAAGGAACCUCAUGCUGGAGAAAUUUUCAAGAUAACAGGACUCGGGGUGAAAGGAAUCCCACAGCACUACUUUGCUGGUUAAGUGCUUGUUCAUAAUGCUUGAAGAAGAUGCCCAUAUCCAGAAACAAAAAUGAACAAGAAUGGAAGAGUGAAGUUUAAAUGUGUAUAGAGUAUUUUUCUACUGAAUUCUUAUAUUGCUUUAAUAUUUUGAUUGUUUCCUUUUCUUUGUGGCUGAUUUGGGUUUUCUUUAAUAGAGUAAAUAACAACUUUGACGAGAAAGGAAAUUUUCAUCCAGGAAACUGAUUCAACCUUGAUUUCAUGACAUUAUUGUCCUGGUUUUGAAUCCAAAUCCCAGUAAUGUGGCUGAUUUUUGCACAGUUCAAAGUGAUGUGCUUGUGGAUGUUUUGCUCUCAAUGUACAGAAACACAGAACUGGAUACAGAAUUAGGGUUAGUAAUUAUAUUAGCACAAUUAUUUGUUUUAAUUUAGGUCCCAUUUACACUGCCAUAUGAUACAGUGUAGAUCCAUAUAAUUCCAUUCAGUGCAGUUCACUGCAGUGUAGAUCCAGCUGAAGUCUUGUUAAUUUCAUUACAUCUCUUGGAAGUAUAUGUAUAACAGACCUUGAACGAUUUGCUCUUUUGAGCUGUAGCACCCAGAACCCCUCAGUCAGUAUGAAACUAGCCAUAUUGAGUGAGGGAUACUGGGAUUUGUAGGUCAAAGCAACAACCGUUCCUUCCAAGGUCCGUAGCAGACAUGUGUCCACCUAGACAUGCAUGGGGACUUAUUCAGGAUCACGCUUUCAACUACAUGAACUGAGUUGCUGACCUACAGCAUUCCCUAGAAUCUGCAAUGUUUUGCAGAUUGUUGUUAUAAUCAAGUAGAUUCCAACUACUAAGGAAAAUGUAUUAUAGGCUGAGAGUGUGUGACUUGCCCAGGGUCUCCCAAUAGGUUAUCAUGGCGAAGAGAGUAUUUUAAUCCUAAUCUCUCAAACUACUGCACGGCGUUUCAUGGCCUUGUGAGAAGGGAACAGCUAGAUCUUGGAAAUAGUCACAUGCUAAACACAAUAUUUUAUAUACAUAUUCUACACAUUUCUUUAUGUAGAACAUGAAAAAGAGGUUAAUAAUAACAUGCUCUAGAUUAAUUAAUGUGUUGGAUUUUCAUCCUCAAAAUAAUUUGCAAGCUGUUGUGUCUUUGGAUUGAUUCUGGGAAUGUAGCCAAUUACUUAUCAAAACAAAUAUAAUAUAAAGAAAAGAUAGGCCAGGGAAAGUUGAAUACAGACACACACACACACUGAUAACUGGCCAGGUGCAAUUCAACCAUGUCAUGCAUGAAGCAGAUAGCUAGCACAGAAGCCCCAAGUAAUGAUUGGUAAGAGAUAAAAAAAAAAAACCUCAGCCACAAAAUAAACAAAGAUAAAAAGCACCACUGAUCUCAUUUUUCAGUAAAUGAUAAGUAGCCCUUUACAAAAGAGAAAUAAAAUUUGCUCCUGAUAGGCUGAUGAACAGGCAAGGAGGAGCUAAAUAAAUAUAUAUAAAUAUUUCAGGGAGGAAGAUAAUAAUCUCAUGAUUGUAUUGUUGAAGGCUUUCAUGAUUGCUUCCAAUGACUGGACUCCUAUGGCUGCUUCUCGUUGUCUGAUGAAUUAAGAAUCCUAAAUGCCACUAGUGAUCUUGUCACCCAGCUGCUGGUGUCACUUCAUUUUAUAGUGGGGCGUGGGGAGUACCCCACGCCUGCAUUGCCUAGCUCCAGCUGAAGUUGAUCUGAUGGGGGGAAGUGUGAGCGCGCAGUUGGUAAUUUGGUAGCAUAGACUGUGUAUUUGGACAAUAUCUCAGCCCCUCACUGUUUCAAUUUUACUUUUUUCCACAUGCUAGCUGGGGGAUUUGGGGGAGUUUUAGUCUAAAAGGUACAUCUAUCUCCAUCCUGUGGUGACAAGGCACAAACAGAGGGACCAGAUCUGAAGAGAAAAUAAGAGCCAAGAUCAAUGCCAUCUUUUGGUUAUUUGUAUGAGUGAAGCUGUUUGUAACAUUUACCCGGCAAAAGGCCAUCUAGUAAUUAUUUCCAUUUUAAUUCCCUCGAUUAAUUUGAUUAGAUUUCUUGAGAAUGAAAUGGCUUGUGCAGCUGGCUGACGUCUAUAAGAACAAAAUUAGAUUUGGAAAUAAUGGGAGGCAAUCUUGUGCCUGUUGUAAUGAAAAGAAGAUAGAGAGGAAGGUAUUGUGGAUAUAUUUGAGUGGAUUUAAACACGGGAUGUAAAUGCAGUUGUUCAUAAGGAACUGUUGAUACAACUCCUUACUUAAUGGAAAUACUUGAUGGGAGAACUCCUUUUCACAAGGGUUUUGUAAUAAGGAGCAAGACCUGAAAUUCUGUUUGCAAAUUGAAAACAUUAGCAUUUUAAAUGGGAUUUGACAGUUCGGGUGUUUUCUGGUUUCUCAUGUAAAAGUCAAGAAUAAGCUAAUAUUAAUUGGCUAGAAAUUAUGCAGGCUUGCUAAAAAUUAGGAUCAAGGCUAUUGGAGAAAUUGGUCUCACCAGCAGAUGAAUGCAAACUCAUUUGAGGCUUCAGGUGAUGUGGGAUUAUUAUUCUAUUUUCCUUAUAAAAAGAAAACUGUCCUCAGCAGUGGAUGCUCCCUGUUUUUGUGCAACAAAAGCCAAGUGUAUAAUAAUGCCUCCAGUGAGGUUUAGAGAGAGCAGUAUUUUCCCCACAUAGGAAUACUAGUAAAAAAAAGAGAGAAGGGUGCAAAGCUUUAUAGAACUAAGUUACUCCCAACAUUGCUUUUAACUCCACACUCAGUUCUGAAAAUUAACUCUACAAAGCAGCAAACGCUUAAACAGAACCACAAAUUUCAGUAUGCAGCAUGCUGGGUUGAUACUUCUUCCACUUUGCGAUAAUGACAACUGCAUCUACAACACUUGUUGUUUAUUCAUUCAGUCGCUUCCAACUCUUUGUGACCUCAUGGACCAGUCCACGCCAGAGCUCCCUGCCAGCCAUCGCCGCCCCCAGCUCCUUCAAAGUCAAGCCAGUUAUUUCAAGGAUACCAUCCAUCCAUCUUGUCCUUGGUCGGCCCCUCUUCCUUUUUCCUUCCAUAUUCCCUAGCAUCAUUGUCUUCUCGAAGCUUUUCUGUCUUCUCAUGAUGUGGCCAAAGUACUUCAUCUUUGCCUCUAAUAUACUUCCCUCUAAUGAGCAGUCGGGCAUUAUUUCCUGGAGUAUGGACUGAUUGGACAUUCUCGCGGUCCAAGGCACUCUCAGAAUUUUCCUGCAGCACCACAGUUCAAAAGCAUCUAUCUUCCUUUGCUCAGCCUUCCAUAUGGUCCAGCUCUCACAUCCCUAGGCUACUAUGGGGGAUACCAUUGCUUUAACUAUGUGAAUCUUCAUUGCCAGUAUGAUGUCUCUACUCUUCACUAUUUUAACAAGAGUGGUCAGUGCUCUCCUCCCAAGAAGUAAUAGCCUUCUGAUUUCCCGCCUGCAGUCUCAACACUUGCAAGGCUUCAAAAUAAAGAAAAUGAUUAUUUUGC